AUGCAAAAUUCUUCGUCGAAUAACCUUUUUGGAUCCUUUAACAAUCAAGGAAAUAACACAAAUAAGGGUAUAUUUGGCAAUGCAAAUGUUCAAUCAAAUUUGGCAAAUACUGAUCAUUCUUCAAUUUUUGGAGCAUCAAAAACACAGCAAUCAAAUAAUGCGCUAGUAAACAAAAAUAUAUUUAAUAUGAGUGGUAAUUCCACUGGUUUAGGUGGAAGUAAAAGUAUAUAUGACAACACAAGUAGUCAUUCGAACUUAGGUAACAAAAAUAUUUUUGGUAGUUCAAAUGUAAAUAGUAUUAGUAGUAGUCAAGGAAAUAUGGGUGGAAAUAAUUUAUUUAUGAAUUCAAGUAAUCAAAAUAAUUUAAAUAUGAAAAAUAUUUUUGGUGGUACAUCAAAUAUAAAUACUCAAGGAUCAAAUUUAUCUAAUAAAAGCAUAUUUGGAGGUUUACAACAAAAUGCUCAGAAUACAACAUCAAAUAAUCUUUUUGGGAAUUUAUCAUCUAGUCAAACAAAUUCUGGCAGUAUGUUUGGAAAUUUGUCACCAGGUAGCCAAAAUAAGGGAAAUAGUUUAUUUGGUACUUCUCCAUCUUCUAAUCAAACAUCAGCUACAAGUAAUAUGUUUGGGAAUGCUUCAACAAUGAAUCAGAAUAAAUCGGGUGGGCUUUUUGGAAAUUUACAAUCCUCCAAUCAAGGUACAACAAGUAGUAGCAUGUUUGGAGGUUUAUCAUCAAGUCAGGGAAAGACGACUGCGGGAGGUAAUCUUUUUGGAGCUAUGUCUGCAGGUGUUGGGACUGGUGGAAACACAGGAACAAAUAAUUUAUUUGGAAAUUCAUCAACAGUGAGUCAGAAUAAACCUGGUGGGAUUUUUGGUAAUUUACAGUCGCCUACUCAAAGUCCAGCAGGUGGUAAUAUAUUUGGAAAUUCAUCAACAUUGAAUCAAAAUAAAGGAAAUAGUUUAUUCAGUGCAUUUUCUACAACAAAUCAGGCAUCAUCUACAAGUAAUAUGUUUGGGAAUGCUUCAACAAUGAAUCAGAAUAAAUCGGGUGGACUUUUCGGAAAUUUACAAUCCUCUAAUCAAGGUACAACAAAUAGUAGCAUGUUUGGAGGUUUAUCGUCAAGUCAGGGAAAGACCACGGAUGGAAGUAACCUUUUCGGAGGAAUGUCUACAAGUGCAAGUACACCAUCAAGUAAUAUAUUUGGAAGUACAUCAACAAUGAAUCAAAAUAAAGCAGGUGGAGUUUUUGGAACACUGCAGUCACCAACGAAUCAAAGUACAACAAGUAGUAGUAGCAUGUUUGGAGGUUUAUCAUCAAGUCAAACACAACUUACAACUGGAAGUAGUCUUUUUGGAGGUAUGAAUACAAAUAAUACUACAUCAUCAAAUAAUAUAUUUGGAAAUGCAGUAGGAGGUAAUCAAAGUAAAACAAGUAGCAACCUUUUUGGAUCAUUAUCAACAAGUACUCAACCUGCAAGUACGAACUUAUUUGGUGGAACAACUUCAUCAAGUCAAGGUAUGACGACAAGUAGUGUUUUUUCCUCCUCUGUGGCCUCAGGAGCUACUCAAAAUAAAUUUAAUAAUAUAUUCGGACAGGUAUCAAGUCCAAAUCAAAAUACAGCAAUACCUGGUGGAACAACAGGGAUAGGGACUUCUUCUGGAAGUGGGACAACUUCAACAUUAGGUGGAGUAAAUACUACUACAGGUACAAGUAAUAUAUUUGGAAAUGUAUCAUCUGCAGGUAGUAAUAUAAAUAAUAUAGGUGAUAAUAAGAAUAUAUUGGGAACAUCAUCAGGUUUUUCCGUAAGCCCAACAACUACCAGUGUAAAUCCAAGUACAAUAGGAGGAGGUAUAGGUUUAGGAUCAAAUUUAAGUACAGCAUUAAGUCAAAGUUUAAACACAAAUUUAAGUAGUGUAGGGAAUGCUACAAAUGCAAGUGGAGCUAGUAUGUUUGGUACUUUAGGUGGGGGAUUAAAUGCUACUGUUGGUGCAAAUAUGUUUGAUAACGGGAAUCUAGGUACAGGUUUAACGGUUGGUACAGUAAGUCCAUCGAGUACCCUUUUUUUAGGUGAUAAAAAUAUAAGCGGUAUGAAUAUGAUUACACAAGAAACACUUUUAGUGGAUGGCAAAAUAAAAGAUGGAGAUUUACUAACACAGCACAUGAAUAUAGUUAAAGAAGAUGUUGGAGGUAGAGGGAAUUUAGAUAAAUUGGAUGAAGAUUUAACAAUUAUUAAAAGGAAAGAAAGUAUAUUCGAUAAAGCAUAUGAUGAUGAUAUUGGAAAUGAAAAGGAGCAAGGAGGAGUAUUUUAUAACCAUAUUAACUUAAUUAUUAAUGAUAAUAUAAAUGAUAUACAGAAAACAACAUUUUCACUAUUAAACGACUAUGAUUCAUAUAUGUGGGAUAAUUUUAAAAGUAGUAUUUUUAAGAAUUUUGUUGAUUAUAUAGUUAAUUUUAAGCAGAAAAAAAAUCAGAAACUUAUAAAAAGCAAUGUGUUAGAUUUAGAUCAACAUGAAUUUCAAAUAUUAAUAUGGUUAUAUAAUGUUAAUUCGUAUAAAAUAGACUUUAUACCUUUUAAAAGUUUUUAUUAUUUAUUAUUAAGUGAUACAAAUUUAAAUUAUUCAAAAAUGCUUAUUGGCAAUUCUGAUAACAAUAUCUUAUUUGGGAAUUUUGUUGAAAUUAAUGAUCAUUAUUAUAUGAACUCACAGAGUCAUUUUUUCAAAACACAAAUAAAUAAGCACCACCAUGAUAGUGUAUUAUUAAGUAGGGAUAAGAAUGGAUUGGCGAAAAGGAAUAGUUUGCUAGAUAUAGACUCUAUAUACAAGCAAAAUUUAAAGGAUAUUCUAAAUAGUUUACUAAACAUGAACCUGUCCAUAAUGAAAGAAAAUUUUAAAAAAAGGGAAAAAGAGGAGUAUUAUGAGAAUAAUGAAAACAGCAACAAUGAAAGUAAUAACAACUUUGGUAAUAACAAUAUUAACGGUGUGGGUAGCAUUAACAGUAUCAACAAUAUUAACAAUAUUAGUGGUGUGAACAACAUUGGUAAUAAUAAGGAUAAAUUUAUCUGCAUGAGUAACUAUACGUAUGAAAAUUUGUUACUGAACUAUCUGUUUGGGACCUUACAACAUUUGCAUGAUAAAUUUUACAAAAUAGAAAUAACUAAUUAUGUUUCAAAAGAUCUAAACCAAGUAGAUGAUUAUUUUGUUGAUGCUAAAUCGAACGCAAUAUUUUCCUACUGUUAUGAUAACUUUUAUAAAAAUGAAAUGGACAAGGAAUAUUGUACUAUUCAUUUUUUCUUUUAUCUAACGAAUAUUAUGUUUCGUUGUGGAAAUUAUAUAGGGCUAAUUCAGAUAAUAAAAAAUGAAGAAUUUGUGAAGAAUCUAUGUAUUGAUAGAUACCUAUACGAUUUUGUAAUAUUGUUAAUAAGGAUAUUACUUUUACUUUAUAAUAAAAACAAUGAAAUAAGUAUACUUGAAAAUAUGAAUGCUGAAAUAGAUUGUUGUGAUAUUUUAAAGAAAAAAAUUAAUAUGUCGAAUUUAAUUAAUUUUUUUCAUUCCAUUAUUUAUUUAUGUGUGAGUAAUAUAUAUGCAUACGAUUUGUUAUGUAUUUUAUUUUCUGAUAUUUUUUAUAAGAAAGGAAAUAUGUACAUCAAUAGGGAAAGGAAAAUUGAGAUGAAGAAUAUUUUUCAUUACACCAAGAAAAAAAAGAGGCGCCAUGUAAAAAAUUAUGAGCAGGAUAUGGAAGUAGAUAACAGUUACAUGAAGAGAGGUAGAGGUAGCAAAACGAGCGAGGAUUAUUACAGUGAUGAUAUUGUUUCUAACGACAACUACAGUGGUAACAGGAACGGUAGUAGGGGUAUCCGUAAUUAUAGCAACAGUAACAGAAAUAGCAGUAGCAAUAGCAAUAGAAAUAGCAGCAGAAUUCGUAAUAGUAGUCAUAAUAUUAACAACAGUAAUAUUAAUAACCACAGUAGUAUUAACCGUAAUAGUAGUAAUAACAGCAUUCUUAAUCGUGAUGUUAUCUAUCAGAGUGAUAGUCGUAAUUGUCAGAAUGAUGACAGUAACUAUGAUAAAGAGGACAGUAGCGAAUAUAACAGUGAAGAAGAAAGGGAAACACCAAAAAGUAAGGGGAAAGCAUUUUUUUUUGAUAUGUUUACAAAUAUUCUUCAGAAACCAAAAAAGCCCAAAGAGGAUCCAUUUGGAAAUAUAGAAUUAAAUGAAGAAAUUGAUAAAAUUAAUAGAGAUUCUAUGCUUAUAAGUAAUAUUGAAAUUUUAGGAAUUACGAACAGAUAUGCAUACAAUUUUGAAUACUGUAAUAUUGAAACGAGUAUAUGGAUUGAAUUAACUUUAUUUGUUUCAAAAAAUUUUGAUUUAAGUGGAAGCAAGUUUCAAGAAAAUUUUGAUAUCUUUGAUACCAAUUUAAGUUUUUACAAUUAUGAUGAUGAUAAUAAUGCAUUUUUAAAUGAUACAAAAUAUAGACGAGAAAAGAUAAAUAAUAAAAUAGAAAAAUUAUUUACGUGUAUUUCUAGUUGUAUUAUUCAUGAAAAUAAGGAAUAUUUUUCAAUAUGCUCGAAACUUAAAGUAGAUGAUGUAAUAAAUAAUUUUAUUGUAGAGGACGGAAAAAUAUCGGAAAAAGUCAAGGGGAAUAUAUCAAAAGUGUUAAAUAAUAAUUUUCUUUUAUAUAUUAAAUUAUUUUAUUAUUUAUUAUUAGUAGGUAAUUUGUAUAUAACUGUUGCUUUUCUAUCAUGUAUCUCUAACAAUGUUCAAAGAAUAUUGUUAGUUUUGACUAUAUUUUUACACAAAAAUAAUAUUUUUGAAAAUGCGCAAUUAAAUAAUAUAAAAACAAAAACAUUAAGCUUUUUAAAAUUUCAAAAUGAAAAUACAUCUAUUUUGGAUAACUCUCAUGAUAUUAAUGAUGAUCUGCAGUCAAGAUCAGAUAAAAUGAAUUUAGUCCUUUUGAGUAUGAACAAUCAUGAUAUACCCUUUGAUUAUUUUUUACUUCAAAAUAAUAAUAUUAAUAUUUUAUUAAAAAUAACCUAUUUACUUAAUUUAAAAACAAAUAUAAGUAUUAAAUUAUUAAAAAGUAUAGUACAACAAAACCAAGAUAUUUUAUUACAUGAAAACAUAAUAGGCCAAAUAAACAAUGAUGGGAAUAUAUAUUAUGGAAAAUUGCAUGAUUUUUUAUUUCUUUUUAAAAAUAAGAUAAAAAUAAGGAAAGAUGUAAAAUGUUUCUUUUUAAUGUAUUAUAUAUUAUAUAAAAAGAAAUCCUUUCAUAAUAAUAUGUUAAGCAAAAAAAAAAGUGAAAUUGAUGAAGAAUACCAUUACAAGUGCAGAAAUUUUAAAUUUGUACAGAACAAGAAUAUUAAUACUUUGAAUCGAAUAACUAUAGACAACUCAAUUAUAAGUGUGCAUGCAUCUAUUUUAUAUAAAAUAUCUCAGUUUUACGCUAUUCUGGCCUACUUUGCAAAUCAAAGAAAGAACUAUAUAAUAUCGUUUAUUUGUUAUUAUAUACUAAAAGAUGAACAAAGCGCAAUAAAUUCAUUAAUCAGAAUUUAUAAUGACGAACUUAUAUAUUACUAUCACAAUAGUGAUAAAGAGUAUAGCUACAUACGAAAAUGCGCCUUUAGAUUUUACCACCUGGCGAAGAACAUGUGGCCGUCUAAUAUUAAAUUAGAAUCUGUUGAAAGUAAGUCAUAUCUUGUUAUGAGCAUUCUUUUAAUGAAAAGGAAAAUGUAUGAGGAGGCUUAUAUUAUUUUUUCAUCAACCUUAAUUCCAGAUAAUAUGUUAGAAAAACUGUCCACUGCGGAUUACUACAAUAUUGAUUUAUCGUCCAACUUUUUGAUGACAUUGAGAGAGUUAUGUAGAAAAAAUUAUAGGAUAAACGAGUUAGUUGGACCAACGACCCUACAUGCUGUUGUUAAAUUUUUAUUGCCUAUUAAAGAUAAAUUGGACGCUCAAGUUAUUGAGAGUAUUAACUAUUUAGGUAAAUUAAGCUUUUAA